CGGUAUCUCUCUCCUCUCUCAUUUAUUUCUUCAUCUUCCUCUGGGUCUCGGCUGUAGGCGCGCCGCCAGUGGGUAUUCAGUGUCUCCGUCCGGCCGCCGUGCCGGAGAAGAAGGUGUUAUUAUGAACGGCGCAUCUAAUAUCCAAGCACGAAUCAAUUGCAAAAUUCAUUCUAUCCCUUCCAGAACCCAUUUCAUUCCAACACUGAUUUGCUCACCAAACAGGAGAAAGGGAAACAAAGUUUCAAUUCGUUGCCGUGAAAGGGUUUAGUUUGGAUUUUGGAAUGGGGAUGCAGUGUAGCUUUCGUCGAAAAAUGUUCACUUCGUCAUCCCAUUUGUCUCCCAUAAAACUCCCAUCUCCAAAAGAAGCACAUUUUUGGUAUGUAAAACCCAAUGAAGUGAAGAGUGAGGCACUUUUAAAACAAUACAUGGAAAUUCUCUCACCAACUGAGAAGGAAAACGUGCUGCUUUUGGGUGGAGAUGAGCACAAGAAAACUGCUUUGGUUGCACGGGCAUUGGUUCGAACUACCAUAGCCAGAUAUCAGAUAGAUUCUCAUGCCGAUCCGAGAUCUUUGAAGUUUAGAAAGAGCAUCCACGGGAAGCCAGAGGUAGAAUGGCAACACAUUGAUCAUUGGGAGUCACCUCCAUUGCAUUUUAACAUCUCACACACCAAUUCUCUUGUCGCAUGCGGUGUUACUGCUGAUUCUCCUAUUGGUAUCGAUGUUGAAGAAAAGCAAAGGACUGUGACAAACAACAUUUUGAAUUUAGCAAGAAGAUACUUCUCCCAGAACGAAUAUGAAUUUUUAAAUUCUAUCAAUGAUUCCCAACUUCGGCACCAGGAAUUUAUAAAAUUAUGGACCCUGAAGGAGGCAUAUGUCAAAGCUCUGGGUGUAGGGUUCUCUGGAGCUCCUUUCAAGACAUUUUCCGUUCGUUUUGAAAACUCUGCCAGAGGAAGCCCUCAUCUCUCUUUGAAUUCAAGUUACAAGGCAUUUGACAUAACAGUGGAUGAUUACCGUGACAAUCGCCAGAAAAUCCCAAGUAAUUGGCAGUUUGCCCUUAUUGAGCUAGAUGGUUCUCACUAUGCUGCCAUAUGCACCAAAAAAGAUUGUCCAAAAACUGCAGGUGAGGUUAGUGACCCAAUGAAGAUGAAAGUCUGGAAGACAGUUCCAUUUGUGGAAGACGUAUGUGUUUCCGGAACGGAUGCUGUUGCAGAAGUUAAUGGCUUGGCAUAAGGGUGUGUUUGGUUGGAGGGGAUGAAAAUUGAUUCCCCCUUGUUUGGUUUAAAACACCUUUCUAACAUUUGAAACUCAAAAGUUUCCCUUCCCAAUCUCUCCCCUCUCCUACAAAAAAUGGUAAUGGAAAAUGAUUUUGAAUCCUAUAUUAAAUAAGUGUUUCAAACAAAACUAGCGGGAAACAGUUUUCCUCCCCUCCCCUCCCCUCCCCUCCAACCAAACACGGGUUGCGCGACAAUGACACCAAAGUUGAGAGUAUCAGAAAUAAAUUGUUUACUAUUGG